GAAGCUCGGAGGCGGCGGGACGGGUCGGCGCCCCAGAGGGGACGAGUCACCAGGCUUCAAGAUGCUGCAAGUUCAUAGGACCAAACUGGGCAGGCUGGUGCUCAGCGUCUCCAGAGGGCUCCACCACAAAGCUGUGAUGGCCUUGAGGCGGGAGGAUGUGAACGCCUGGGAGAGAAGGGCGCCUCUGGCUCCCCGGCACAUCAAAGGGCUCACCAACCUGGGAUACAAGGUCUUAAUUCAGCCUUCAAAUCGGCGGGCCAUUCAUGAUAAGGAUUAUGUCAAAGCUGGUGGCAUUCUUCAGGAGGAUAUCUCUGAAGCUUGUCUAAUUUUGGGAGUUAAAAGACCCCCAGAGGAAAAAUUAAUGUCCAAGAAGACUUAUGCCUUCUUCUCCCACACAAUCAAGGCUCAGGAGGCCAAUAUGAGCUUGUUGGAUGAGAUUCUAAGACAGGAAAUCCGACUUAUUGAUUAUGAGAAAAUGGUGGAUCAUAGAGGACUACGGGUGGUGGCGUUUGGACAGUGGGCAGGUGUGGCAGGGAUGAUCAACAUUUUACAUGGAAUGGGGUUAAGGCUCCUUGCUUUGGGACAUCACACACCUUUUAUGCACAUUGGCAUGGCUCAUAACUACAGGAACAGCAGUCAGGCUGUGCAAGCUGUCCGUGAUGCUGGCUAUGAAAUAUCUCUGGGUUUGAUGCCAAAGUCCAUAGGGCCCUUAACAUUUGUGUUCACAGGGACUGGUAAUGUAUCGAAGGGAGCCCAAGAUAUCUUCAAUGAACUACCUUGUGAAUAUGUGGAACCACAUGAAUUAAAAGAAGUUUCCCAAACUGGAGACCUGAGAAAAGUGUAUGGGACGGUGUUAAGUCGCCAUCAUCAUCUUGUCAGGAAAACAGAUGGUGUAUACGACCCUGUAGAGUAUGACAAGUAUCCUGAGCGCUACAUGAGUCGUUUUAGCACUGAUAUUGCACCCUAUACAACUUGUUUAAUUAAUGGAAUCUACUGGGAACAAAACACCCCUCGUCUACUAACCCGCCAAGAUGCUCAGAGUCUCCUGGCUCCAGGCAAGUCCUCAGAUCCUGGUGUUGAAGGCUGCCCUGCAUUACCUCACAGACUUGUGGCAAUAUGUGACAUUUCAGCGGACACAGGAGGAUCUAUAGAGUUUAUGACUGAGUGUACAACAAUAGAGCAUCCCUUUUGUAUGUAUGAUGCAGACCAGCACAUUAUUCAUGACAGUGUUGAAGGCUCUGGGAUUCUGAUGUGUUCCAUUGACAAUUUGCCGGCAGAGCUUCCGAUUGAAGCCACAGAAUACUUUGGAGACAUGCUUUACCCUUAUGUUGAAGAAAUGAUAUUAUCAGAUGCGACACAGCCUCUUGAAAGUCAGAAUUUUUCUCCUGUGGUGAGAGAUGCAGUGAUUACAUCCAAUGGUACAUUGCCUGAUAAGUAUAAAUAUAUCCAGAAACUCCGAGAGAGCAGGGAACGUGCUAAGUCACUCUCAGGCACCAAGAAAAAGGUCUUGGUUCUUGGAACUGGUUACAUAUCUGAGCCUGUAUUGGAGUACCUGUCAAGAGAUGACAAUAUAGAAAUAACAGUAGGCUCUGACAUGAAGAGUCAAAUGGAAGAAUUAGGCAAGAAAUAUAAAAUUAAUCCUGUUUGCAUGGACAUUGGUAAACAAGAAGAGAAGUUGGGCUUCUUGGUGGCAACACAGGAUCUUGUCAUCAGCUUGUUGCCUUAUGUCUUGCAUCCUGUUGUGGCCAAGGCAUGUAUCACAAACAAAGUUAACAUGAUCACUGCAAGCUACAUAACACCAGCGCUAAAAGAGUUAGAAAAGAGUGUGGAAGAUGCUGGCAUCACAGUCAUUGGCGAAUUGGGAUUGGACCCCGGUCUUGAUCAUAUGUUGGCGAUGGAAACAAUAGAUAAGGCCAAAGAAGCGGGAGCCACGAUUGAAUCUUAUGUUUCCUAUUGUGGUGGGCUUCCAGCCCCUGAACAUUCAGGCAAUCCUUUGAGAUAUAAAUUCAGCUGGAGUCCAGUGGGAGUUUUGAUGAACAUAAUGCAGCCUGCCACCUAUCUGCUCAAUGGAAAGGUUGUGAAUGUUGCAGGCGGGGUCUCCUUUCUUGAUGUGGUUACUCCCAUGGAUUAUUUUCCUGGAUUAAAUUUGGAAGGCUAUCCUAACAGAGACAGUACAAAAUAUGCCGAGAUCUAUGGCAUUCCGUCUGCUCACACUUUGUUGCGGGGGACACUGAGAUACAAGGGAUAUGCCAAAGCCUUGAAUGGAUUUGUAAAAUUGGGUCUUUUAGACAGGGAUACAUUCCCUGCCCUUGGACCUGAGGCCAACCCUGUCACCUGGAAAGAACUCCUCUGUGAUCUAGUUGGGAUUUCACCCUCCUCCAAGCAUGAUGUGCUUAAAGAAGCUGUCCUUAAGAAACUAGGAGGAGAUGAUACUCAGCUGGAGGCUGCUGAAUGGUUGGGCUUACUUGGGGAUGAACAAGUCCCUCCAGCAGAAUCUGUUGUGGAUGCGCUCUCCAAGCAUUUGGUCACGAAACUUUCCUAUGGCCCUGGAGAGAAAGAUAUGAUUGUGAUGAGAGACAGCUUUGGAAUCAGACAUCCUUCUGGACAUCUAGAAAGUAAAACUAUUGAUCUUGUGGUUUAUGGGGAUGUCAAUGGCUUUUCAGCCAUGGCUAAAACUGUGGGGUUACCCACUGCUAUGGUGGCCAAGAUGUUACUUGAUGGUGAAAUUCAAGCUAAAGGUCUGAUGGGGCCCUUUUCAAAGGAGAUCUAUGGACCAAUAUUGGAACGGAUUAAAGCAGAAGGCAUUGUAUAUACUACACAGAGCACAAUGAAACCAUAAUUGAAAAUUACAUUUUGUUCUUAUCUUUCCAGGCAACACAGCUAUGGACAUUUAUGCAAUGAACAUGCUUGCUAAUGUGCUAUUUUAGAGCAUAAUAUGUUUUGAUUAAGUCAAUGCAAUGGCAUUUUUGAAAUAUCUAUCUCUAUUUUAAUAUGAAACCAUUUGAAACAGGAGAUGCCAGUAAUUACCAGAUAACUUUAAUAAUUCUACCAUGUAUUUUUUUUCCUGUGUAUGUAAAAAUGAUAAUGAUAGUGCUAUUCAUUAAUUUAUUGUGCAACUUUUUUCUUACAAGAAUAUUUUUUCCUAUAAUCAGCAGAUAAUGUUAUAUCUUUUUAGUAAGAAAAAAUUUCCUUAGGCAGCU